AUGUCUCCUCAGCAGACUCGUGGGUUAAGCAAACGCGGACGCGGAUCAACAAUGCAGCUGGAACAACGACAGGCCAUGAGGAGGAUUAAAAAACAGGAGUUCGAAAGACGUCGCCGAGCGCGUAUUUCAGAAAAGAUGAGAGAGCUUUAUGACCUAGUGAUGUCAUUGGUCGGUGGCGACUCACGGAAUCACAGUCGGUUAGAUAAGAAAACUCUUCUCAACACCUGUAUAGAGGUUCUUCAGACCCUGUUGCAUGUGACGCGUGAUAUGCCUGAAGUACAGGCCAGACUGAGAACAGUGGUUGGACAAACAUUAGGCUCGAGAACUGACCCUUCAGUCCACCAAGACAAGGAAAGUAUGCCUUCACCAACGCCCAUCCAACCAUCAACCGCACUUACUGAGAAGACUCUGAAAAUCGCAAAUGCGACCCCCGAGAGUGGAUACCACGACAGUUUCGCCAGCUGCCUCCAACUGCAUAUCCACAAUCAGCCAAAAUUCAGUGCCGACACCGACGUCACCUUCACCCCAAUUCGUCGACUUCUUGAUGGAACACACCAUCACCUACCACUUAGUCAAUUCCGAAAUAUCUCCAAAAUUCAAGACUACCCUCUGGAUCUCAGCAUUCCUAUACGCCACGACAAGGGUACCCAGUUGUGGAGACCAUACGAGACUUGA